CUGACAAGACUCGUUAUGAGAGAAAUGAAAACCUACAUCCCCCUCAAAGGGGAGACCAAAAAGAAGUUCAAGGACCCCAAUGCACCCAAGAGGCCUCCUUCGGCCUUCUUCUUGUUCUGUUCUGAGUAUCGCCCCAAAAUCAAAGGAGAGCACCCCGGCUUGUCCAUCGGGGACGUGGCGAAGAAGCUGGGGGAGAUGUGGAACACCACCACUGCGGACGACAAGCAGCCCUACGAGAAGAAGGCUGCCGAGCUGAAGGAGAAGUACGAGAAGGAUAUCGCUGCCUACAGAGCUAAAGGAAAACCAGAUGCAGUGAAGAAGGGGGUCGUCAAGGCUGAAAAGAGCAAGAAAAAGAAGGAAGAGGAAGAUGAGUAG